AUGACAGACGGGGGUGAUCAGGCGGAAGCCCUGAAGGAGCUCGUCGCCAAGAUCAGCUUCCUGAGGAUCAUGGCCCCCCGGCUUCCCCAGGACCGUUCCAUCACAGCCGCCAAAUUCAUAUUCAGAGAUGGAGAGGUUGUGGAAGGCGAGGCCGAGACUCCUGGCCUCCGAGUGGCCUCCAGCCAGUGCUCCAUGCCGGAGUUUCGACAGAAGCAUGCUGAGCUGCUGAAGCGUCAGUAUUUUGGACAGGAACCGCCGCCCUACGACCCCUCCACAUUCUAG